AUGCAUUCGACGUGGCAGCCCCCAACGAAUUAUCGGCAACGCCCUGUCGCCAUUCUCGGUGCAGGCGUGCUCGGUCGUAGACUUGCAUGCGUCUGGGCCUCAGCAGGUUACAAUGUCCAUGUCCGCGAUCCGAGUCCCCAACAGCGCGAAGACUGCCUCGCCUACGUCAGGGAUAACGUGGCCGCAUACGCCGAGAGCACAGGACAGAAGCCAGGAACAGUCGGGACUACCGAAAGCCUCGAGGAAGCAGUGGAUAAUGCCUGGCUGGUCAUCGAGGCCGUGCCGGAGAAGAUCCAGCUCAAGAUCGAUGCGUUUGCUGAACUCGAUGCCCGCGCGCCGAGUGACUGUAUCCUCGCGUCGAACUCGUCGUCGUACAAGUCUUCGGAGAUGCUUGAGAAGGUGUCAGAGGCGACGAAAUCCCGGAUCCUGAAUAUGCACUACUACAUGCCGCCGCAGUGCAUGAUAGUCGAGCUCAUGACGGAUGGGCACACCGCGGCCGAGAUCUUCCCGUUUAUGGUUGAGCGGUCCAAGGAGGCGGCGACGGUCCCGUAUGUUGCUCGAAAGGAGUCGACUGGGUUUAUCUUCAAUCGUCUGUGGGCAGCUGUCAAGCGGGAGGUGCUGACGAUGCUGGCGGAGGGGGUGUCGGUACCGGAGGAGAUUGACUCGAUGUGGAAGGAGAUGUUUGUCAAGGGAGGAGUCUUGCCUUGCAGGACCAUGGACGGCCAUUACAUUGCCGAGCGAGGUCUUUCGCCCGAGAAGACCGUCGACUUCCUCAAGGAGAACUACCUCGACAAGGGCAAGCUCGGCAACAAGUGUGCAAAUGGUGGUCUCUAUCCUGCAGCAUCGCCCUCGGCAAAUACCACUGUCCAACCCAAGAUCAUCGCCCUCGAUGUCGGCCUGUCUGCAGCAACCCCUGGUUUCACCGCAGGCCAGAUUGUGGAAUUCUCGGACGACGGCAAGCUUCAGCGAGUACUUGUCAAGGACCAAGCCCUGCCAGACGGCUUGGCUAUUGACUCCGCCGCGAAACGCAUGUUCUGGACCAACAUGGGUGUACCAGGCAAGGACGACGGGGCCGUCUACUCUGCCAACCUGGACGGCUCAGAUAUAAAGACGCUGGUUGCACCGGGCACAACCAACACCCCCAAACAGCUCGCACUGGAUCAGUCCGCUCGGAAGGUUUACUUCUCUGACCGGGAAGGACUCCGCGUAUUCCGAUGCAACUACGACGGAAGUGAUCUUGAGAUCAUCGUCCGAACGGGUGAUUACCACCGACCAGGAGACAUGCAAGACGCUACAAAGUGGUGUGUCGGCAUUGCGGUUUCCCCUCGGUUCGGCAAGUUCUACUGGACCCAGAAGGGAGUUUCAAAGAGCAGCACGGGCAGGAUCUUCUGCGCGGAUAUUGACAUGCCACCGGGCCAGACUGCGGCAAAACGAAAUGAUAUCCGUUGUCUCUUAGAGGGUCUGCCCGAACCCAUUGACCUAGAGGUAGACGAGGAAUCAGGCAGAUUGUACUGGACCGAUCGCGGUGAGCUUCCGUUUGGCAACUCAUUGAACCGGGUCCCGCUGAAGGAGACCGGUUCGGAGGUCGAACGGACUGGCCAUCUGGGAUACGAGGUUCUCACACGGAAUCUGAACGAGGCAAUCGGUUUGAAACUGGAUCUGGGACGUGGUCAUAUCUAUUUGACCGAUCUUGGGGGCAGCGUUUACCGGACCGAUGGGGAUGGGAAGCAGAAGCCAUAA